UGGCACAUAUACAGCAGGAGACCAGGCAGACAUGGAGCAGGGAGCAGUGGCAGCUGAGCCAGCACCACAGAACAAAGUACAGACUUUGAGGAAUGAGAUAGAUGAAGUCACAGACAAGAUGAAGGAGAAUAUGCAACGAAUCAUUGAACGAGAAUUAAAGACGGCCGACCUUGUCACCCAGUCAGAGGAAAUGGAAGCAGGGGCUCAGCACUUCAAGCAGACGUCUCAGAAAGUGGCUCGCUCCUAUUGGUGGAAGAACGUCAAGCUGAUCGUGGCCAUUGUGGUGGUGGUCCUCAUCAUCGUCCUCAUCAUCGUCCUGCUGGCCACUGGAGUCAUCCCUACCAAUGUCACUCAGACCUCUACGCCAUAGCCACACAAAAACACACGCAGAGUGUAUACACACAACUAAAUCAGAGACAAGCACAUUCCUAUUACACAAUGUACAAAGUACCACUGUUAGAAUUCAGUGCAUGAAACUCAGUGGUCCUGGGCAACAAAACAUAAGGCUACAUUUUUAAAAUGAAGAUUUGAUAAAGAAAUAAUAAAGGGCCAAGCAGAACGUAGCUCUUGUACAGAUCACUUGUAAAUAGUCAUAAAUGCAUGGAACUAGUUCUGCACAAAAUUCAAUCAUCCGAACUAAAUCAGAAAAUCUACUGAAAUCCUGUAUCAGUUUAUUGGAUGUAAAAAUAAAAAAGUCAGCACUGCUUUAGUUUUUUAAGAUGUUAUUAGCUCCUUAGUUAGUGUUAAUGUGUUGUACGAUGAGAGGUUCAUACUCAAUAGUACAGUCUUUAAAUGAACAAGUAUCAAAAACACACAGAGUGAAAAAAUGAUGUUUUACAAACAAAAAAAUCUGUUGCAGAAAUAACCUCACAUAAAUGUGAAUCCCACAAUCUGAAAUUUCCUACCCACACGUCUAGUGCUGAGGGAUCAAGCUCCUCCAGCCAACCAGCUGAGAGAGAUCAGUUACAGCCCCCACCCCCACCCACUGACCCACCUGCUUGGGCGCAUAACGAAUUAAAUUCAUAUUCCAAAACACUUAGUCAGCAUUAUUCCCAUUAUGAGCUGUAUACAUGAGCUUUUCAAUGAAAUGUACAAUACAGUAAGGUAUUGUGCAGAGAGAGGUGGUCUGAAUACUCGCUGAAAGCCACUGUAUGGCUUACUUUUACUCCUUUGUUGUUCGUUGAAUUGCCCACAAGAUGGCGAGUCUGACUAGUCUGAGUGUGGAAGUAAACCAGAGGGGAUUUCCCAGACCCUCUGUGGUGGUUCAGAUGAGCCCCUGGUGAAACCAUCACGAGCUUGAUGGUGUAUUUUCUCACAGUUUCUGUGUCUGCUCAGUUUAUUCCCGGGCUUAGUAUUACUACACAAGCUGUGUAGUAAUACUAAGCCUCACAGAAUAGCACAUUUAACUUUCCAAACAUUAAAACAAAAGUGGGUCAUUUUCGCUUGAGUACUGUGAAGAAUGCGGUAAGAGAAAGGGAAUAUGCUACAAAUCAGGCCCAGCUGGUGAGACGAGCUGCCAGCAUGCCGUCC